GACGAGGAAACACCACAAGUCUGCAACUACAGUACAGUUUUACAUAUCCAUCCGCAUACUCGAGACCUCGUGCAAUCCCUUCACUAGACGUCGUUCUUCCCUACGCCUCGCGCUUCCCUACAAACACCGGAAAGCAUACUCUCGCUCCUAACCACCUGGCCGCCUCAGGACUCGAACGCCCAAUCUCCCCACGCUCUUCCUGCCAUCGGACGCCGCGAUCCACCGUGAUCCUCGACCCUCCUCCAACUUUUGACGGCGCAGUCUCGAGCCAUGACCAUCACUCACAUUUCCGUAGCAAUCGGUUCCUAGUCUUGAACCGUCAUGACCGGUCGCCCAAAUGGUUCAUACAAUGCCGCCGGCGGAAGCCAAAGAGACAGUCAUGGCGAUGCUCCAGCGGCGGAUGGGAAGAAGCCGGGAGGCUCGUUUCCUCCCAUGGCCGAGAUCGUGGCAUCCGCGCAAGAGACCGUGAAUGACCUCAGAAAGCAUACGAUCGGACGCCUUCUUGAGGAGGCAAGGCUAAAGCUGCGCUCAGCUCUGUUUAGGCUGGAUACUCGUCACAGUCUGGCUGCAGCAUACUGGGAAUAUCUCGUUGCCUUUCAGAUCGUCGUGGAGGCCAUACCCAGGCAUCAGACUUACUAUGACAAGGUCCACCUCAGUAGGGGCCAGAUGCACCGUGAUUAUCAAGAUCUGGUCAAGGACGUCCGUACCCACGAGUCCCGGUUUCAGAAUAUAAAGCAGAUUAUUCUCAACGAUAAUAUGCGCAAUGGUGCUAAGCAUUCAUCCCGUCCUUCGUCCGCUGCCUCAAUGUAUAUUGACGGAGCCAACCUGAACCCGUCCCAGCCAAGACCGUCCAACCGUCGUGACGACGAAUUGAUGCUACCAGAAGGCCCACCUGCCGCACCAACGGGAGCCAACGGCCCCAAACCACAAGUGCACCCGAAACCUCAGUCUCUACAUGGAAGGGGUCUCCACCAAAACUCUGGGUCGGCGGACUACGGCCCCAAUUCUGGUGAUGACUUAGCCGAGAGGUUCGCCAAACUUAGAGGACUCACACCUAAGAAUACAGCUCCUGCAGAUCUUGCUGACGCCACAGUCAAGAUGCCAUCCGCUUCCGAUCAUUAUUUUCCCAAACCGAUGGGGCCUCGCGGGAUGCCACCAAAGCUGCCAUUGAACACGGAUCUCGGAGUAUCAAUGCCCAGGGAGCCGAGUCCAACUUACAGUCCAGCCCGGAACCUUUCCCUCCCUGAGAGUAUACAACCACCGAGGAGUUCGGCGCGGAGCAUUGUCGGAUCGGGCGGACGUAACAACUCUCUCCAGGCUUCGGGUACGGCGCCACAGCUAUCACAGCCCAAUGGCGACUCUGGUUCUUAUCUCCCACACUCGAAUGACAAUUCAGGGUCCGCACCACCCGCAAGGAAGGCAUCAGUAAACAGACAAACCGAAGAUCAAAUCCCCGUGGAAAAGUUCUAUGACUAUAUAAGAAUGUACAACAUUCUGGUCAUCGAUGUUAGGCCUCGAGAAGAAUUCGACUCCGGCCACAUCUAUGUUGGCUCGAUUAUCUGUGUAGAGCCGCCAGCCCUCCACGAUGGGUGCUCAGCGGAACAGCUUGCAGAACGCCUCGUUCUCUCCCCGGACGAAGAACAAGCCAUGUUUGAUCGCCGCGAUCAGUACGAUCUUGUGGUUUACUACGAUGCUGGAACCAAGACGAGCGCAUUCCUUCAUAAGCAUGACAGGUCACAGCAGGAGAUUGCGCUUAAGCGUCUCCACGACGCGCUCGAUGACUUCAAUAACGAGAAGCCAUUGAAACGACCCCCAAUCUUUCUUAUGGGCGGGAUUGCGGCGUGGACAGAUAUGCUCGGCUCCCAAGGCUUGAAAGUCUCGUCAACCGCUACGAUAGUUGCCUCGAAACGAAGGAAACCUGCCCGCAGCAUAACCCGUGUGACUGCGGAUAGUCACGCGGGCAAGGUUGAUUUCCAAAAGCGGCGCGAUUAUACGCUCAUGGAUCCCGAGGAAGAACGUAGGUGGCUGGCUGAAGUACGCGAGGGGCGAGCGGUAUUUGCGGAGCCUGAAGAAAUCGAGGAUGAUUUGGACGGAUCAUUAUAUCACAGCACCGAAGACUUCCUACGGCGAUUCCCUUCUGUGGAGACCGAGCGGCAGUCUAUGAUCCAUCCACCGCGCCGGCCCCCUCCUCCUCCCCAACAUACUCCUCCUCCAAUUCCUGUUGCGCCCUCACGGCCGGCACCCUCAGUCUCCCGUGUAAGCUACAGCGGUGUCCAUGAGCGACAAAACACUCCUCAGGCGCGUCCUUCGGAUCUCCAGCUAUACGUAUCGCCGAGCCGCCAUGGCCAAAUACGGCUGCAUCGGACUGGUCUACUCAACUUCGGCGUAACAUGUUAUAUGAAUUCCGUCGUUCAAUGUCUGAGUGGGAACUCGGACUUGGCCCACAUUUUCCUUACACGUCGAUACGAAAAGUAUCUUCAAAGGGAGAAUUGGAAGGGCACAAAAGGCAUCCUUUCAGAGAGUUUUGCGACCCUCCUCUCGAAUCUGUUCAAAGGCGAUGUUGGCGCCCUUCGUCCUUCUACCUUUCGCAGGGUUUGUGGUCAUUUCAACGCCCAGUGGGCCGUCGAUGAACAACAAGAUGCGAAAGAAUUCCUGGAAUUCGUUCUGGACUAUCUGCACGAGGACCUAAAUAUGACGUGGAACAAGGCACCCUUGAAGCCGCUUACGGAGGCGGAGGAGAUGAAGCGGGAAGCGCUUCCUCGUCCCUAUGUUGCGAUGAUCGAAUGGAGCCGAUAUGUGUACAGGGAGAACUCCUUAAUUGGCCAGCUCUUCGCUGGGCAGCAUGCCUCCAGGCUCACCUGCAUGGCAUGCGGUACGACAAGCACGACGUAUGAGGCGUUUUGGAGCAUCAGCGUCGAAAUACCCCACGAUCGCCCUGCCGAUCUCAGAGACUGCCUUCGUUCCUACUGCGCUCACGAGCAGCUGACUGGGAAAGAGGAAUGGCGGUGUCCCAGGUGCAAGACCAAUCGCGAAGCGAUGAAGAAGAUCACCAUUACCCGCGCCCCCGAGUCUCUGGUCAUACAUUUCAAGCGGUUCAAGGCCUCGCACACCGAGCGCGCACACAAAGUGCGGACCGCCAUCAACUUCCCUCUGCGCGGACUGGAUCUGGGCCCGUUCAUGGAACCCCCAAUGACGCCGGCUGAAGAAGCCGUCGUCGUUUCCAACGCAAGAGAUGGGGCAAAUCAACUGGCCGCUCUCAAGAGCGAGCCUGCCAUGAAUGGUCCUUACCAGUAUAAUGCCUAUGCGGUCAUAUGGCACAUUGGGAAUACCUUGGGCAGCGGCCAUUAUGUCGCCCAUGUAAAGGACAAGGCAAGUGGGUGCUGGCGCCAGUUCAACGACGACAGGAUUACCGACUUCGAUCCUGGCGCUCUUCCGCCACACAAUCGCCUGCAGAAUGAGAAAGCUUACAUUGUCUUCUACGAACGCGAGAAGGUUGCAGGUGGCGCCCUCUGAGGUAGGCGCAGCCGCGCAAUCGAGCUGCGUUAUUCGUAUAUAGUUGGCAUUUCUUGCGCAUCACGAGGCGUUUCGGAUACGUAUAGAUAAAGGAGUUCUUUCAGUGGUGGAUUUGCUUGAGCAGCUGUUAUUGCUCUAAGCUGGUGGCAUAUGCUUCAAGGCACUGUUUAUUCGACAGAGUAGAUGUUUUCGCCAUCUCCAUCAUUCUGUUCUGUGUGGAGGUUGGCUGGAUACCCCGGGUGUUGUUAUAGGAGGCGUACUCAGGCAUAUAUUCUCUUAUGGUAGUGGGGGCUUCCAGUUCCUGAUGUCGUCAAAAAAUGAUUCUGGUUUUCCGAACCUUCUUGUAUGACUCCUCAGCCCUUGGCUAUCUUCGAAUCAUCGUCGGCCGAACAUCGGAAGGUGGAGCU